UCUUUUUUGUGUCCCUCUUUAGAAAUAAUAAGAAAGAAAAUCUUUUGUGAAAGGAAAGAGGCCAUUUGAAGAAGAAGAAAAAAAUAGAGAAAGAAGAAAAUAAAAGUAAGAUGGAUGGUCGUGGUGAUAUGGGUCUGUUUGGGGAACAUUUUGAUCCUUGUUUGGCAGGGAGGAUCAAGGAGGAUGGUUAUGAGAGCAGGUCUGGUAGUGAUAACAUUGAAGGAGCAUCUGGUGAAGAUCAGGAUGUUGGAGACGAUCAAAGGCCUAGGAAGUACAACAGACACACUGCUAAUCAAAUACAAGAGCUUGAAUAUUUCUUCAAGGAGUGUCCUCAUCCUGAUGAGAAACAAAGAUCAGAGCUUAGCAGGAGGCUUGGCUUGGAAAGCAAGCAAAUCAAGUUUUGGUUUCAAAAUAGGAGAACUCAAAUGAAGACCCAAUUGGAACGGCAUGAGAAUGUAAUCCUCAGGCAAGAUAAUGAUAAACUCCGACUUGAGAAUGAGUUGUUGAAACAAAACAUGAGUGAUCCAAUUUGCAACAAUUGUGGUGGUCCUGUGGUGCCUGGUCCAGUGUCUGAUGAGCAACAGCAGUUAAGGAUCGAAAAUGCUCGAUUGACGGAUGAAUUAGGUCGUGUUUGUGCCUUAGCCAAUAAGUUUUUAGGCAGACCCCUCACAUCCUCAGCCAAUCCUAUCCCUCCGUUUAGCUCAAACUCCAAGUUGGACCUUGCAGUUGGGAUAAAUGGAUAUGGCAAUUUAGGCCAUACAGACAACAUGUUGCCAAUGGGGCUUGAUAAUAAUAGAGGGAUUAUGAUGCCUCUGAUGAAACCAAUAGGCAAUGCUGUUGGCAAGGAAGUACCACAUGAUAGAUCAAUAUUUGUAGAUCUUGCACUUGCUGCUAUGGAUGAAUUGAUAAAAAUGGCUCAGAUUGAAAGUCCCAUUUGGAUCAAAAGCUUAGAUGGAGGAAAGGAAGUCCUGAACCAUGAGGAGUAUAUGAGGACUUUUCCUCGCAUUGACAUGAAACCCAGCAAUUUUGUUACUGAGGCUACACGGGAGAGUGGUGUAGUCCUCGUCAACAUCUCGGCUCUAGUUGAGACAUUGAUGGACGUGAAUGGAUGGGUGGAGAUGUUUCCCAGCUUGAUUGCUAGAGCUGCCACCACUGAUAUCAUAUCAAGUGGCAUGGGUGGAACAAAAAGUGGAGCUUUGCAAAUGAUACACGCCGAGUUUCAAUUGAUUUCGCCUUUUGUCCCUGUGCGUCAAGUGAAGUUCCUUCGGUUAUGCAAGCAACUCACGGAGGGUGUGUGGGCUGUAGUUGAUGUUUCCAUUGAUGCAAACCAGGAAAAUCUAAAUGCACAAGCCCCUGUAACCUGCAAGAGGCUUCCUUCUGGCUGCAUUAUACAAGAUAUGAACAAUGGUUGCUCUAAGGUUACAUGGGUGGAACAUUCCGAAUAUGAUGAGAGUGCAGUCCAUCAACUCUACCGACCCAUACUUAGUUCUGGCAGGGGCUUUGGUGCACAGAGGUGGCUUGCUGCCCUUCAACGAUAUUACGAGGGCAUGGCAAUGAUUAUGUCUCCUAGCAUUUUGGGUGUAGAUCAGACAGUGAUAAAUCUGGGAGGUAAGAAAAGCAUGUUAAAGUUAGCACGACGAAUGGUGGAUAACUUCUGUUCUGGGGUUUGUGCUUCUUCUUUGCACAAUUGGGGCAACCUUGUGGCUGGAAAUGUGAGUGAAGAUGUGAGGAUUUUGACCCGAAAGUGUAUUAAUGAACCUGGUGAGCCAGAUGGUAUUGUGUUGAGUGCUGCGACUUCUGUUUGGCUGCCAGUUUCACGACAAAGGUUAUUUGACUUCUUGAGGGAUGAACAAUCAAGGAGCCAUUGGGACAUUUUAUCCAAUGGUGGAAUGUUGCAGGAGAUUAUCCAAAUCCCCAAGGGACAGGGACAAUGCAACUGUGUCUCUCUCCUGCGUUCAACUGCUGUUGAUGCUGAUGCGGGUGAGAACAACAUGUUAAUAUUACAAGAAACCUGGAAUGAUGUCUCAGGUUCGCAAGUAGUGUAUGCACCAGUCGACAUACAAUCGAUGAGUGUAGUGACGUCUGGUGGAGACUCUACCUAUGUGGCUCUCCUGCCAUCAGGGUUUGUGAUUCUUCCAGAUAAUUCAUUUAGUAAUGGUGAGCCCAGCAACAGCGAUGGGAAUCCAGUCAAAAGAGAUAGCGAUAGCAACAAUGGAGGUGGAUCGUUUUUCACUGUCGGAUUCCAAAUUUUGGCGAGCAACCUUCCUUCAGCCAAACUUACAGUCGAGUCAAUCGAGACGAUUCAUAAUCUCAUCUCCUGCACAAUGCAGAGGAUCAGAACAGCCUUCAACUAAUGGUGGCUUCUUAACUUAGUACAUCUCCUUUUCCUUUUCUUUUCGGACAUACAAGUACAUACAAGGAUACAAAGUAUUAGGAAGGCAAAACAGAUAGAAUGGACAUGAAAUAGAGGGAGCUUGAAGUGGCAACUCUGCACAAGUAGGGUUUCGAGUCAAGAACAAACAGCAUGGAGGUGAUGUGUGUAGGAUGACUCAGGAUGUUACUGUCCAUGCUGAGCUAGUUCUAACUUGGCGACAUACCAUGGUCUUGUGGUUCGGGUAUUGACUUAGUUAGCCUUAAUUAGCAAAUGUUUUUGUUUUGUCCUCUCGUAUACAGAAAAACAAUAUAGACAUUGGAGACUGCUAGUUCUUUAACCUUUUGUGUUAUGAAAACAAUUCAAGCUCUUAGGCAA